CUCAGUACUCUUUCGUCGAACUACGAUCGCACACGAUCAUGGGUUUCACAGAAUUUAAUUUUAUAUUCAGACUUAUGCAGGCAAUAGGAAGAUUGCUAUUUGUAUUGCUACUCUCAAAUACUGAACAUGUCGCGCAAAGUUUAUUCAGAUCCGGAAAAGAAUACGUGUAUUCCUACAAUGCUAUGUCAAGUACCGGUGUAUUAGUGCCGUCCAAUGCAGCUGCUUCGUGGAGCCUCAAUGGAAAACUUGUAAUUCAGGCGGAAGAUAAUUUUGUUACUGUGCAGUUGCAAUCGUUGAAAACGAGUAUGUGGAAUGGAAAUGUUGAAGAGAUGGGUGAAGACGUCGAUAUCUACGACGAUGCUUUGCAGCUCUUGAAACCUUUCCAAUUGUCAUACAACAAAGGCCUUAUCGAGAAUUUUAGCAUCGAAACUGAUGUGCCUGCGUGGGCAACGAAUAUAAAACGGAGUAUAGCCGGAAUUUUACAAUUGGACCUUCUCAAUUUGGAAAAGGAAGUCGCAUUUCAUUCUAGCGAAAUAAAUCAUUACGGCAAAUGUAAUAUUGAUUACAUUGUGAGUCCCGAAGGAGAGAAUCAACGUUUGAUAAGAAAGUCGCUAGAUCCUCGGAUAUGUAUCGGUCAUCCGAAUCGUUAUUGGUCGAACGUUCCUAAAGUACAAUGUACCGACGAGGAUCAAAAUCCUGUUCUAAAGAGCAGCGAAAGAGUGUACAGGUUGAGGACCGAUGGGCACGCCCAUGAUAUCAUUUCUGUUAACGCGUCUGGAGGUAUCUACGUACAACCCUUUCAAAGCAUGGGAGAAGCACACUACCAUUUUGUUCAGCAAACCAUUGAAUUAUUCUCAGUAAAGAAUAUAACGGACAAAAUAAUGACGAAUAAAUUACGAUUCGCGGUACUUCAACACGAGCUACCAGAAGAAGAUCUCACACAGGGUAGAGGUACUCCUGACAAGAGUUUUGUCUUUAAAUCUAUAAGUCGCUUACUAGACCGUUUAAGUCAGAGGCUUGAAAAUCCUGGCUUGGACACUGAAAUCCCCAAUUUACACAACACAACGAUAUCCGUACUUCUCUAUUAUCUCGGUAUGCUAGAUCGUGUUGAUUUAGGAAAGGCGUACAAUCGAAUUUUAGGGACUAGUUACAAGGAAGAGACGACACGGAAUAUGUUUCUCGAGGCGUUGCCACAAGUCGGAAGUAAAGAGUCCGUGCUUUUUAUAUUGGAUCUCAUUCAAACCAACAAGGUGCCCGACAUAUCCGCGAUUCAACUUCUUAUGCAGCUGCCGUUCCAUAUCAGAAAACCAGAUGUCCAAUUGCUGGUUAGUUUGCAGCCACUCCUUUCUCUGUCAAGCAAAAUUCCCGGGGAAGUGCAAAAUACCGCAAUCCUUACAUAUGGCACACUGAUAUACAAGACAUGUUUGGUGUACUGUCCGUAUGAGAUGUUGGACGAUUACGUGCGUCUGUAUCUUGACAAAUUUACAGAAGCUACACAGUACGAACAGAAGAUGAUCUGGCUGGAGGGCUUGGCAAACAUACAGUUGGGCAGGGUUGUGGAAUUUUUAGAGCCUAUAGCUAGCGGUGGCAACGCCGAAUCGCGACAUUUCCGUGUACUUGCGGCUUGGGCUUCUCUUCCCACAGCGCCAUUGAGGCCCGACGUUAUUUAUCCUGUGUACUGGCCAAUCUUAGUCAACAGAACCGAACACUUGGAGAUGAGAGCAGCUGCGCUGACUUUGCUGGUUGUUUCCAGCCCUACACCUAACAGAUUGAUAUCUCUGUAUUGGUACAUGCAAAGCGAGCCUUGUCAACACUUGUACAAUUAUUUUUACACGAUGUUAAAGUCUGCGGAACGCAGCACAUGUCCCUGCUACAAGCCUAUAGGCAGAAUCGCGGGCCAGUUUGGUCGUUUGCUCCGGAAACCGUUGAAUAGUAAAUAUCUCGUUACCGGUAACUAUCUGGUUGACUACCAAGAUUCCUUGAGGAGAUUCGGUGCUAUGUUGCACGGCAUUAUCAUAGCUAACCCAUCGACAAAUAUUCCCGAAGUACUUUACGUGACUUUAAAUAAUUACGGCAGUGGGACGCAUGUCAAUCAUGUAUCCUUAUAUGUCAAGGCGGAAGGUAUUUUCCACACGUUAGCGACUUCUUUCGACAAUCCGACAAACAUAAGGGAUGUUUUGAAAGAGUUCAAAUUGGACGAAAGAAGGAAGGGCCCCGUGCAUUUGGAAGUGAUUACGCGUAUACAAGAGAAAACGGUCUUGUGCAUUCAUUUAAACGAGUCAAGUAUCAUUAACGGAUUGAAGUAUUUGUCUUCUUUAGCGGAUAACAUAUAUCAUAUGUAUCAUAACAUGGAGUUUCAUGUCAAUCAACAACGUAUAAAUGUGCCCUUGACAAUAGAAUCGCUGCAAGUGACCGAUUUCGGUACUAACGUUAGACUCGCGAUGAUGGCUACGUCUUUUUUCUCAAUGAGGGGGAAUUUUACGCGCAAUUUCCUGGAACGAAAUAAUCAUGCUAUUUUACGCACAUCUGUUCACGGCAUUGAGACGAUAGAAAAUUACAAUCCGUUAGUUGAUUUGUGGCAUAGCGCUCAAAGGGUUCACUCGCUACACGGAUAUCUUCCUCUUAACAUUACGACCGGAUUCGAAGAACGCCUAUUUAUUUCGUACAACAUUCCAGGAGAAAAUCUCAGGACAGGAAUUACAACGCAUGCUAGAACACUCACUAGCAUCAGAGGCGCCAAUGUGAAAUCAAAAUUGGAACGGGCUUGUCAUUCGUGUCCGAUAUCGUAUACAGUAAGAAAAUCGCCUCUCUCCAACAUACAGACGGUGAAUGCUUUUAAUAUCAAACUUCCCGAAUUAGGUGGUCAGAUGCAGGUGGAGGUAUUCGAUUGUGAAAGCGCGGUGUCAUACGAAACUCUGAUUAACGAAAUUUGGUCUUCUCAUCGAAGCAAUUAUCAAACAUGGCCGAGCAUGCAAUUUGCCUUAAUCGGGUUACAUUUUUUGGACUAUCUCACCUACAUGCCACCAAAAGGCAGUUGUGGACUGGCUGUUUACAUCGAGGCACUCGAUUCGCGACCAUCGCAGACGAGAUUGGAAUACACGAAACACGGAAGCUAUCAUAUGUUAUCUUUGACGCAUCGCAACUUGGAGUCUUCGCGAAUUCUUCAUCAGUGGAAUCUGGCUGCGUUAUAUGAAAGCAUUAGCUGGCUGUCGGAUGUCAUUAAAAUGAAAGCAUCGAAGAUCGCGCCUAACGAGCCCAUAUUGAAGUUCUGCGUAGAGGCCGAGAGGCGCAUGCCGUGGCAAUGGGAGUUCUUGAGUAAUGAACCGAGCGAUCUGUCUCGCAUUAAAUUAAAUAUCGUCUGGGGACCGUCCGACACUGCGAAAGGAAGGUGCAGUGGAUCCUCCGUAACAAUGAACUUGGUUGGCGAAGUCAGCCGCGAGCAGAUUGAAGAGAGCAGAAAGAUGAACGGACCUUACGGUGAAUGCAAAAAGGAGUCCGAGGGCAAGAAUUUUGUUCCUUAUACGAAUUCUUGUUACGAGGUGUCCCGAGAAUUGUCGACGUUGCGGAAAUAUAAGAUCGUUGCGCACUACGAAAACUUACCAGAGAGCCUGUCAAAGUUAAUUUGGAGAAUGCACGCCUUGUACGAUUUGCUCGGUGGAAACAGCAGCAAUGCAAGGAACUCCGAUGAACUUGUAGCGACCGCAGUUUUCCCAAAAGAAUCUAACGUGGGCGAGCUGCAACUUAACGGGGAUAAAAUUGCGAUCGAAUAUAACUCGCAUUACAUCGAUCUUUUCCUGACACGAACAAGAAUCCACAAGUAUAUGGAAAUACCUUUAUUCAGAAUGUUCUCUAGCACGUGCAUCAUAACAUCGGAUUCAAUAAGAACAGCAUACGAUAUGACCUAUACCUUCGUUGAAAAUAGCGAAGUGAUAUUACUCGGACAAUGUUACGACGAGAACCCCAGACUAGCGUUAACCGCAAACAAUGGUAUGUACGGAAUUAGCAUCAAUUUAACUGACGAAUCAGGAACCACACGAAUCACAGCCGGCAAGGAUAGGGGGACCCUAUAUAAUGCCACGUCGUUCAUACAACUGCAAUCUGAUUAUGUAUUUCAUACAAUGGGAACUAAAAAGAUCAAGAGAGGUGACGAGAUGAUCGAUAUCGUGCUACCCAAUAUCUUCCUAUACAUGCAUUGGACGCGAGAGCAAAUUCUACUUUUCUUCCCCAACCAUAUGCUAGACUUCAGCUGUGGAAUAUGCACGCUUAGUAACCCCAACAUCGACAGAUUAUACGAAAAGCUCUAAUUCUGCAGAAUAUGUAUGUACGAUAUAUUCAUAUAUAUGUAUGUAUGAUACGAUGCGAUAAUGAUGUUCACAAAUCAUUUGUAGAAAAUAGAAUAGGUAUUAGAAUAUUGCAACUAACGACAAAAUAAUAGUUUCGUGUAUUGUUCUUAAUAUCUCUAUCUGAUGAACAAUAAGACAUAUAUCUAUGUAAUUGUGUACGUGUUAUGUUAACAUUCGGAUUUUCGAUCGUAUCAAAAUUAGUUAAUCGAUCGAUGGAACUUCUUUAACCUCUAUGUCAAAACAUUUUAUUUUCCGAGCCGGUAAAUAUUAAAUGUCAAUGAGUAAUAUGCUAAAUAAUACAAUCCAAGCUGUACGGUUAAUUAUAUUUAUACAUUUCGUCUUUUUUUUUUACACAUAAACUACAAAUCUCAACGAACAAUAAAACAAAGUUAUUUUGUCAUGUUAUUUUUUAAAUGAUUGAAUCUUCAGGGAUAUUCGAUAUCUUUGUUUAUCAAAAAAUAAGGAAUUUAAGAACUGUAAAUAGACACGCACAAAUACACAUAAAUAUAUAUA